AUGACUGGGCAUUCAUCUCCAGUUCCAGGGUCCUCCAAACCCGCAAGCACCAGCACAUUAGACCCGCACAAUUUAGAUGUCAAAGAGACCCAGAAUGAAGAUGAACCUAGCCAAAUCGAGGCACAAGACACUCCUAAGGAGCCCAUUGCGAAUGAGAAAGGCAAACUUCAAGAUCAGACUAAUCUAUUACCUAUAAAGCAACUGUUAAUCGUCUUUGUGGGUCUCAGUUGUGCUCUGUUCUGUGCACUCAUCGACCAAACUAUUGUUUCUACUGCACUGCCCACUCUCGGACGUGUUUUCAACGAUGCAUCUAUCGAGUCAUGGGUGGGAACCGCAUACCUUUUGACCUCAACUGCAUGUCAACCACUAUAUGGUCGUCUUUCGGAUAUCUUCGGACGAAAGAUCGUUCUUCUCAGUAGCAUGGGAUUCUUCUUGAUAGGGUCUAUCUUAUCUGCCGUAUCAACAAGCAUGAUCAUGCUUAUUGUGUUCCGUGCAAUCUCUGGAAUCGGUGGUGGUGGUAUCUUGACCUCGGUCAUGAUUACUGUCUCCGAUGUUGUGUCCCUGGAGAAACGGGGUACCUAUCAAGGUGUUAUUGGAGUUGUGGUUGCAUUGUCAAACUCAAUUGGCCCCCUCAUUGGUGGUCUUUUCACUGAGAAGGUGACCUGGCGAUGGUGCUUUUAUAUCAAUAUUCCCUUGACCUCCAUAUCAAUUCUCGUUGUCUUGUUGGUUCUGCCCUUGAAGAGGGUCAAGGGAAAUGUCAAGGCCCGCUUCAAGCAGAUUGAUUACUUAGGGUGUAUCACUAUGAUCAUCUCUGCUGUCCUGAUCUUGGUGCCAAUUUCAUGGGGAGGAACCAAGUAUGCCUGGAGCUCAGCCGGAGUAAUCGCACCACUGGUCCUGGGUAUUGUGUUCUUCGGUCUUUUCAUCUUGGUGGAGUUGAAGUUUGCAACACUCCCGCUCAUCCCAAUGCAUAUCUUCAAGAACUCGACUGUCUCCGGUGCCUUGAUCGGCGCCUUCUUCACGGGUUGCAUGUUUUAUGCCAAUCUAUACUACUUGCCCCAAUUCUUCCAAGUUGUCUACUCCGCCUCUCCGAUAAAAUCCGGUGUUCUCCUUCUCCCACUUGUCGUGACUCAAUGUAUUGUGUCCUUCACCUCCGGUUUCCUAGUAUCAAAGACUGGGAACUACACUGUCAAUAUCUGGGUAGGCUUUUUCAUCUGGUCCAUUGCCUGUGGCCUACUAUCCACUUUAUCGUCCAACACAUCUAUUGCAAAGGUAAUCGGAUACCAGAUUUUGAGUGGAGUUGGCUCUGGACAGACGCUGCAAACAAACCUUGUUGCUAUCCAGGCCAAUGUCAAAAGAAACGAAAUGGCUGUCGCUACAGCCACUCGAAACUUCAUUCGACUUCUAGGUGGAACCAUUGCGCUUUCUGUUUGUUCUGCUAUUCUCAACAAUACUGUUCGAACCAGUCUCUCAUCAGUCGUGUCUUCCUCAGUGCUAUCAAAAAUUAUCUCUGAUCCUACACGAAUCAGUUCUGGCGUAUUAGAUCUCACUGCAUCUGAAAAGUCAGCUGCGAUUGACGCAUAUACUCAUGGGAUUCGAAAUAUCUACUACUUCAUGAUCACAUCUUCCUGUGUAUCAUUCUUUAUUACGGUCUUCUUCGUGCGUGGCACCAGUCUGAAGCGUGAAGAUGAUGCGAAAUUGCAGGAAGAAGGAAAGAUCUGGGCAGCGAAGCAUCGAGGACUCCAUGCUUUGGGGAAGAAGAAUGUUGAAUCUACAGUAAAAGCGGAAAAUUCCUCUGAUCAAAAGUGA